AUGAAGAAUAAAUACAGCCCUGUUCCAGACUCUGACGAGUCUUUCAAUACGCUCAUUGAUGAGAAAUCAGAUAUACAUUCUUCAGAGGGUACGCCUCCUCCGUAUUCAGCUCCGAACAAAUUUAUUGAUUUAGAAAUGGCUGAUGGAUCUGCUCAGCAUUCUGCCCAAGAGUCCACUAACAAUAUUGGGUCGGAUUCGACAUAUUCAAAGUGGGUUCCUCUGAGGGCGGAAACCCUUUGGGGACUUUCUGCUGCUUGUGGAGCAUCCGUUGUAGUAUUUCUCUACUCAAUGUCUCAAAUUCCUAAAGAAUGGUUCAAGCAAACUGGUAGAGUGCUGUCCAACAUGUGUGCCGCAGCAUUAUAUGUGUGUUUUCUCAAUGUCCCCGGUUUCGCCAUGUAUUAUACUGCAAAGAAGAUAAUGCAAUUUGAAAAGAUAAAUAAUCUUUUUCUCUACGCUGUUUGUUUUAUUGAUUUUGUCUUGUUUGUUUUUAUUUCGAUGAAUCCAAUUGCCCGUGAACGAUUUAGAUUAUUAGUCAUUAAUAUAGGAAACGGAAUAGGAAACGGCGUAAAUGGCAUAGGUAACGGCAUAAUUGGUAUAGGGAACGGCAUAGGAAAUUCUGUGAAUCUUGCUUUUGGACCAAAUCAAGGAGAUGAAGUAUCUCAAAACGAAGAAAUCGAACUUCAACAUCUUGCUGAGCAAAGUGUGAAUCCAAUUGCCCGUGAACGAUUUAGAUUAUUAGUCAUUAAUAUAGGAAACGGAAUAGGAAACGGCGUAAAUGGCAUAGGUAACGGCAUAAUUGGUAUAGGGAACGGCAUAGGAAAUUCUGUGAAUCUUGCUUUUGGACCAAAUCAAGGAGAUGAAGUAUCUCAAAACGAAGAAAUCGAACUUCAACAUCUUGCUGAGCAAAGUGGUGAAGUUUGA